AUGGAGGCUCUUGACGCUGCUGGCCGCAAAGUCUCCCUACUUAACGAUGAGGUUCCUCGCCGACAUCCUUCGUAUGCAGUCUCCCAUGUCGAUGCUACCCCUCCUUCCGGUGCCUCGUCUCCGACCAGCCAGCGACCAUGGCGAUUGGGCUCCUAUGACUCUCAAAUUACCAGUGAUAGCGAUGCCGCCUCCCCACUCACUUCCACUCUCGGCCAUUCCUACGCCACGUCGCAAACAGCCAGCCGCGCUUCCAACACCAAGCGCCCGCUGCACUCCGCGCGAAGCCGUUCCGCCUCCAACAAGGAUGAGAUUCCCGUUACUAGCCAAGACUACCCUGCCAAGCGCUACCUGUGCCGCUUCCGCGACUCUCACAGCUGCGAUAGGACCUUUACCACCUCCGGCCACGCCUUACGCCACUCGAAUAUUCACACCGCUAAAAAGGAUACCCAGUGCAGCUAUCCAGGCUGCCAAAAAAAGUUUACUCGCGUCGACAACAUGAAGCAGCAUCUCAGGACGCAUUACAAGGACAAGUCCCGCGCCACAGAGCACAACUCUGCUGCCGGUCAUGAAGGAUACCCCAUCGCUGCGAUGGAGCUCGUCCAUGAUACUUCCCGUAAUUCUUCCGAUUGA